AUGGGGGAGAUUACCCAUACAUAUGUCCCUCCUCCAUCUCGCAAGCGGAUUAUAAUCUGCUGUGAUGGAAGUGGGCAAUCUGCGGUCUCGGGCGAGGAGAGCGUCCCAUCCAACGUGACCCGGUUAUGUCGGGCAAUCCACAGUGUCGGAGUUGACAACGAUGACAAUGGAAAUUGGCAACAAGUUGUCUGGUACGACUCUGGGGUCGGGACAAAUUCAGCCGGUCAAGUCUCAGUCGGCAGAGACCUCGAAGGAAAUGUCAUCGAGGCCUACCACUUCUGUGUAUUGAAUUGGAACCCCGGUGACCAGAUUUUGUGCUUCGGCUUUUCACGAGGAGCAUACACAGCGCGUGCAAUUGCAGGCUUGAUUUCAGACAUAGGAAUUUGCUCCAAGGUCGAUAUCCAGGAUUUCCCCGAAAUGUGGAAACUCUACAAGAAGAGUCACACAGCUAUUACUGGCGAGAGAUUCUAUGGCAGCGAUGCCUACUUUGACUGGCACGAUGGAAGGCCAGUUGAUCCUCAACCAGAAGAGCGCCAGAAUGACCGCGUUGUGUGGGAGUCGCUGGGCCGGGGUGAAUGGGCUCGUACUCCGGAAUCAAGACAGAUCGAGGUCGUGGGGGUUUUCGAAACAGUUGGUGCGCUGGGCUUCCCAGAAGUGUUUGGAUACGAGAUGCCUCAAUGGCUUACGCGAACUGACAAACCGGAAUGGCACAAUGUUGGGCUUUCUCCGAAUAUAAAGAACGCCUUCCAGGCGUUGGCCCUCGAUGAGCACCGUGCCGCCUUUACUCCGACAUUAUUCUAUGUUUCUUCUGUCACAAGAGCCUCGGACGAGGAGAUCGAAAAGCAACAAGAACUGUGCCAAGAUGCAACUCAUGCCUGGAAGGAUAUUAUAUUGUCCGAUCGCCCUUCUGUUGAGGAGCUGAAAGAUGUUAGCAAGACUAAGAACGAGGCUGAACGAAAACUAUUGGACAUGAUUGACAGCCAGAAAGAUCGCUCUAAACUGCUGCAAGUAUGGUUUCCAGGUGUCCAUAUCAAUGUCGGAGGUGGUUCUACCUUGACAUUAGAAAAUAAGGGAAACAUGGAGGAGAUGUCGAAUAUCGCUUUCGCCUGGAUGCUUGACCAAAUCAAAGGAUUCAUUUCACUCAAUGAGGAGACUCUGAAGAAGGAUCAGCUAUCACGGCAAGUCAGACUCGCCAAGAUCAACAAUGCCCUUGACUGGUACAACGAAAGGAUGAACAAACGCAACACAGAAUCAUGGGGGAAGUGGUUUCAACGAGGGGGCCAGUGGAUCGCCUCUUCCAUCUUGCAUCCUCUUACGCCAGGAGAGAAGCCCGCGUAUAUGGACCAGCGUAUCUAUACAUGGGGGCUUGGGGAUCUACCAGAUAACUUUGGAGUUGUUUAUGUUGCCAAUGGGUCUCGUCCACGUACACCAGGCCGCUAUGCAUUGAAUAAACAAGGCCAGAAGCUAGGGGAAACAUUCGAGCAGAUUCAUCCUGUGGUAGGAUACCGGGUCGAAAAAACGACCGAAGGAAAGAAGUAUCAUCCCAUUUCGCUGACCGGGGAUAAUUAUGAGCGUCGAAAGAAGAAUGGCGGGGACUAUGAAUAUCGAUUCAAAUACCCUGGGAGAUCCGAGUAUCAAAUUUUGCCGGAGUGGAAAUUGUCAGAGGAUGAAAACGCUUAUGAGAGAUUAGCCGUUGAAGGAAGUGAUGCGCUCGAGUAUGUAGCUACGCUAGAUGCAGAUAACAGGGAAGAUAUCAAGGCUGCUCGUUCACCCUCGAUAUAA